AUGCUGUUGCGCAACUUUGCCGUCGGCCUCGGCCUGAUGGCCCGUACUGCCCAGAGCAUCGACGUGACGCUUGGCGAUGAAUCUUCCGUCAAGUCUGCCGCCAGCGAAGUGGCCUGGAACCUCUUGACCUUUUACUCGGGAAAUAACACUGGUGAUGUGCCCGGGUGGCUAUGCGGUGCCAUGAUGGGUACGUUGAUAGAAUACUGGCACUAUACCGGCGACGAGUCAUACAACGACCUUGUGCGACAAGCCAUCGUGCACCAGGCAGGCGAGGAGAGGGACCUGAUGCCUCAGAACCAGACGCGAUCCAUGGGUAACGAUGACCAGGGCUUCUGGGGUCUGUCGGCCAUGCUGGCCGCCGAGUACGUCUUCCCCGACCCCGCCGAGGAUGAGCCGCAGUACCUCGAGCUGGCACAGGCCGUCUUCAACAUGUUUGCGAGCCGAUGGGACACGGUGCACUGUGGCGGUGGUCUGCGCUGGCAGGUCUUCGACUUCAACAUCGGCUGGAACUACAAGAACUCGGUCUCCAACGGCUGCUUCUUCAACCUGGGCGCCCGCCUGGCCCGCUACACCGGCAACGACACCUAUGCCGAGUGGGCCGAGAAGGUCUGGGAGUGGGAGACGAAGGUUGGCCUGAUCGGCGAAGACUGGGCCCUGCACGACGGUGUCACCAUCACGUCUAGCCAGACGUGCGGCGACGACAUGGACUUGACCGAGUGGAGCUACAACUCCGGCAUCUGGCUGCACGGCUCGGCCGUCAUGCACAACUACACGGGCGCCGAGAAGUGGCAGACGCGCACCGCCGGCAUCCUCGAGUACGGCCUCAAGAAGUUCUCCAAGGACAACGUCAUCAACGAGCAGUACUGCGAGUCCCACAGCAUCUGCGACAACGACCAGAUCUCCUUCAAGGGCUACUACAUCCGAUGGCUCGCCGGCGUCAACAUCCUCAACCCGGGCGUCUACACCGACAAGAUCAUGCCCCUCCUCAAGAGCACAGCCACGGCUGCCGCCAAGGCCUGCACCGGCAGCCCCACCGCCGUCCUCAACAACCUCCCGGCCUGGAAAGGCCACGCCGGCACCGCCUGCGGCUUCGCAUGGGUCCCCUCUACCUACGACAACAUGUACGGCGUGCCCGAGCAGAUGAACGCCCUGUCCGCACUGUACUCCACCCUGGACGCCGCCCCUCCCAAGUCAGCCAAGACGGGAGGUACAUCUACCGGUGACCCGGCUGCCGGUGGUGACGACGAAGCCAAGGCCCGCACCCUCGCACGCAUCACCACCGGUGACCGCGUCGGCGCCGGCUUCCUCACCACUCUCAUCCUUGCUGGAUGUAUCGGCGGUUGCACGUUCCUCAUCACCUAG